CCGGAAUUCGCAGAAGGCAGGACUUGAUGUGGCCAUCGUGCAUUUCGUCGUAAAACAUUGAACGGUCAAGAACAAUCAGCCAUAAAACUCCCCCGGUGGAAUCGGAUUUCCAAAAUACUGGUCUUCAAGAAUAACUCAAGCUAAUACGCAGUCAAGUAUAACAUGGCGUCGACGAAAGUGAUUAUUGGAAUGAUUUUACUUAUCAUUGCUGGUGAUACAAUGGCUGGACCUUUGGCCUAUGGAAUCUGCCAGACUGGCUGCAAUGCAGUAGCUGUUGCUUGCUAUGCAGGAGCUGGGGCUACCUUUGGCGUCGUCACUGCUGGUGCAGGUGUUGCACCAGCUAUUCUGGCAUGCAAUGCAGCACUUGGGGUGUGCAUGACUGCAUGUGUUGCUGCUGGUUUUGCACCAACCCCUUGAACAGCAUUCUUAUCACAAUUUUCUCUUCACAAGUUCCAUUCACCUUCUUAUCUAUAUGUUACAAAUAAUGCGUUUUGCGAAUAUAUUAUCAUAAUCACUGUGAAAUGGAAUUAAUAAAGUUGACUCGUCGUUUCAGAAAAGUUCCUAGAUCAACGAGUGGAUAAACAGAAGUUUGUCUAUUUA